AUGCAGUUACCUGAUUAUGCAAAUAUUUUCCACAAUAUCGGCUAUAGGCAUGGCCAGCUGCCCAUCCGGUGCACUGGCAUGCGGAGUCAUACCGCCCACACCAUCCUUACAUCCAUCAGUGAGAAGAAGCUGGAUGCUGCGUCUUCCAUGGCUUCAUCUCCCCCGCCAGCGCGUGUUCUGUUGCACGAGGCUGGUCGGCAUGCGCUCCGGUUCUGUUGCAUGCGUCAGGAUUCUGUUGUAUGCUUCAGGAUGUUGUUGCAUGCGUCAGGAUUUUGUUGCAUGCGUCAGGAUUCUGUUGCAUGCGUCAGGAUUCUGUUGCAUGGUCAGGAUUUUGUUCCAUGCGCUAGGAACCUAGUGCUCCAAGAACUAAGUUUGAUAAAUGAGUCAUGCUCCCCAGAACUGGCAACUCUGCCACCCAGGGAUCAGUGUCCCAUGUUGGUAACAUUGCCUGUCAGCCAACCAUUAAUAUCUGACGUCCUGUGGUAUGGAGACGGACGCGGCUACAGCCCCCCCGGGCCCGUCGCCCUCCCUCUGACGCCCUCGCCCGACGCCCACGGCCGGGCCCUGACGCCCACGGAGAGCCUGGGCGGGCUGUCUCCGGGCGGCCUGGUGUCGCUGGCGCCGCUGUGCCCGCAGUACGACGCGCGGCCCGACCCGCCUGAGGAGCCCAUCAACCUCACCACGCGGCCGCCGGCGCUCUACGACCGCCCGCCCGAGGACCUCAGCACCGCCCACGCCAUUCUCGACCUGUCCACCGCUCGCGUAGCCGAGUACUCGCCCCCGCACACGCCGCCCUCGCCGCACGCGCCGCACGCGGCCCUCGAGUACCACCACGCGCUCCCGCACCCGCACCCUCUCCCCCACGCGCCCCCGCACUCCCCGCACUCCCCGCCGCCCGCGCCGCCGCCCAAGCCGUGCACGGUGGCCUACACGUACGAGGCGUUCUUCGUGAGCGACGGGCGCAGCAAGCGGCGCGGCGUCGACCCCGGCGAGAAGCAGCGCUACACGUGCUCGGAGUGCGGCAAGCACUACGCCACGUCGUCGAACCUGUCGCGCCACAAGCAGACGCACCGCGACCUGGACUCCGGCAACGCGCGCCGCUGCCACGUGUGCGGCAAGGCCUACGUCAGCAUGCCGGCGCUCGCCAUGCACGUGCUGACGCAUAACCUGACGCACCGCUGCGGCGUGUGCGGCAAGGCCUUCUCGCGCCCCUGGCUCCUGCAGGGCCACAUGCGCUCGCACACGGGCGAGAAGCCCUUCGGCUGCGCGCACUGCGGCAAGUCCUUCGCCGACCGAUCCAACCUGCGCGCGCACAUGCAGACGCACUCCCAGCUCAAGAACUUCCGGUGCAAGCGCUGCAACAAGUCCUUCGCCCUCAAGUCGUACCUCAACAAGCACUACGAGUCCGCGUGCUUCAAGGACAUGCCUCUCCCGCCCUCCACGCCAGAGCCGCCUUAGCUUCUCUCCGCGCAGCCUCCGCUCCAUCCCGCUCACCGCCUGAACCGUACAAACCCACCGUCCCGACCCAAGAGAACCGAGA